AGACCCUGAAGGGAAGGUUUAAGUGGAUAAGAGAAACGCCCCACUUUUACGGCUCAGGGCUGCGGUGCAGCGUCUGUGAUGUACAGAGAAAAGUUGCCACAGUUGUGUACGGUAUCUGGAGGGAAAGGGCUCAUAUGUGACCGCGCGUAGCUCAGAGGGAGGCUAGAAAAGGAGACGCCACACUGGAACGGUUUACGAGUGAACGCGCAAAACGCACUUCUUAGCGGAAUCAUGGAUCAUUUAUCCAAACAAAAGCCGUUUGUUGUCGCCUGCAACUAAGGUUACCUUGAUGAAGACUGAUGGAAGUUGGCAACUGCUUGGAAAACCAGCUGCGUUCAUGUCCGGGGGAUUUCGUUAAACCAAUGAAGGAUGAUCACGGAUCCCAGUCUAAUCCACGGAGCUCCGGUCUGAGGGUGUCGACCAAAAGCAAAGCGCCAUCCCCGCCAGGACUAAAGAAGCGGGAUUCCCCAGGUUUCUCCCAGUGGUACCCAGGAAACCCUCAUUUAACCAUGGACCAAAAGGAAAACCUUAUUGAUAAAGAGCUCUCUCUGACUGUGGUCCUGCCCAGUGGAGUGGAAAAGAAUACCGUGGUUCCCGGAAGUAAAGCCUUAAUGGAUCUACUCGUCACACUUUGCGCCAAGUAUCACCUGAACCCGUCGAGCUACACCUUAGAACUGGUCACUGCCAACAGGAACAACAUCAAGCUCAAACCCAACGCUCUCAUAGGGACUCUGGGCGCAGAGAAAAUCCUGAUUAAACCUAAAGGGGAGGAUAAAAAUAAGACGGCAGGUCCCCAGAUGCCCGAGGCAACUGUUCGGAUGGUGAUAAACUACAAACAGACCCAGAAGACUAUAUUACGGGUAAAUCCUCGAGUUCCCCUCUCUGAGCUCUUGUCGGCGAUCUGUGAGAAAUGUGAAUUUGACACGGAGACUACAGUUCUGUUGAGAGAUGUCCAGUCACUGGCCCCUUUGGACUUGUCCAGUUCCCUGAAUGAUUACGCAAUACGGGAGGUUUACGCAAGAGACACGAAGGGACAGUCGCCUUCUCCUGUGUAUCCAGACUCGCCAACUGCAGGAAUGGUCACGCCGGGCAAAGAUAAAAAUCAGAAGGAGAAGGAGAAUAAAGGUCUCUUCGGAAAGUUUAGAAAAAGCAAGAAGAAAUCUGAGCAGCCGACGACGGCCAGUGCCCCAGCUUCUCCCGUGCUUGUGAGCAAGCCUCGACCACUGAGCAUGGCCUUACCUAGCACCAAUUCUUCUCCGCUUGGCUCUCCAACGAUCCCUGCCGACGUGCCAAAGAAGAGACGCGCGCCUCCACCUCCGACCGUUGUGUCCGAGAGCUGCCCCUCAGACCUGAGCCCCAGCCAGAGACCCAACUCUGAAAUGAGCGCUCCGCUGGACAGUGAUCAGGUGGGUGGUUUGAGUCGCGGGUCCUCAGCAGAGUCUUCACUGAAGAGAACCAAACGUAAAGCUCCUCUUCCCCCCAUGUCCCCCAGCACUGUUGUCCAAGAACCUGUUUGUCUGGAGGAAAAUUUACAAGCGGGUGCAGCUGCUAACACACUGGAAGAGAUAAUGGAGCAGGAGGAGACAGCCGCUGCGACUCCAAAAUCCGCAACUGCUAGUAAUACCCAGGGAGAGGACAGCAGCCUCAACUUGUCGCCUGACGUUUCACUGCACUCCUCGUCCCCGGAUUUUGAGAUGGAGAGCACAAAGUCAGUGGAGGGCAGUGGGGAAGAUCAGUCUCUUGAUCUGUCCUCAGAUGGCAAACAGCUGCAGAGCACAGUGGACGAUUCUGCAGCUCAGAAGAAAACUGAUGGCACGGACUCAUCUGACCUGGCAAAUACCAUUAGUAGCGGUCCAUGUCAGGUUGAAAAUGUAAGCCCACAUCCCGCCGGUGAAGGGUCUACAACUGGCAGUGUUGAGAGCGACUGCAGUACUGUACCUAGCAGCCUCCCUCUGCCUGUAAUGCAGGAUGCAGAGGCGCAGGCCUCCGCUGAAGCAAACACUGAAACCCCGUGGGAGCUGACAGACAGGUUGGAGAGUUCACUGACCACCAGCACAUCACGCCUCACCGGAGAGGAUGCUCAAGUGCAAACAGAUUUCGCACAGCUCCCCGUGUCUCCACAGCAGCCGCACGUGGACUCAGUUCCUUCAUCGGCGCCCGCCUUUGAGUCACUGGGGAAGGAAGACAUGGCCACUCUGACAGAGGAGCUCGAGCCCCCUUGGCCCACGCAUGCCUCAUCCCGCACCUCGGAGACCUCAUCGUGCCAGGACCCACCACCAAGUGCCUCCGCCGCGACAAAAGCAGUACCGGUGUACGCCGCAGGAUCUGAGCCAAAGCCCAAGCCUUCCAACGAGCUGACGAGGGACUACAUCCCCAAGGUGGGGAUGACGACGUUCACUAUCGUGCCUCAGAAAUCUGUGGAGAAACUGAGAUAUUUUGAAGUCGCGCUGACACUGGAGACGCCUCCUGAAGCUCCACAAGAGGGACUUAAUAUCGAUUCUGCUCAGUUAGAUGAGAGCAAAGGACAGACGGGACAGAGCGAGGUCUCAAAAGAAAAAAGUGAGCUGCACUCUACUUUACCCAGGGAAGACUCAUUGACUAGCACUACUACUGCCGCGACUAGUCAACGCACUGUUAACGGAAGUAUACCUGAACCGACUCCUUCUUCACCACCGGCAAGUUUACAUAACACAGACAAGAUCUCGCCAUCGGCUAAUGACGCGUCUCAAGCAGGUUCACCAGCAGAGGUCAAGGAGAUGAAAAUUCCACCCGCAACUAAACCCAAGCCUGGUUCUUUCCGCUUGGCACAGCACAAAAAAACACCUGGGUAUUACGUAACUUCAGCAGCAGAGAAACGUCUUAGUGCCAGCCCUGCCUCUGGCCUUAGGGAGGCUCAAGGAAGCGCAGAAAGAGCAAACUUGCCACCGCCUCCACCUCCACCACCACCACAGCCUCCUCAAUUGCAGUGUCAAGAGGAGCCAGCAGGGGCCACUAAUGCUCAGCUCAGCCCUGAACCCUCCAACAAGAAUGUAGGACUCGCGCGGAUGACGAGGCAAAGCAGUUUGCCGUGUAGGGAGCCAAGCGCGGGGUUAAGUUUGGAAAAAUUAAGGAGCUUUGCAGCUCCUAGGCCCUAUUCUCCUGCAACCCCGUCCCGCUUCGCCCAGGCUGUGUCCUCUGCUGUGAAAAGGACCCAGUCCUUAUCCCACAGGCCAAAGUCACCUCCCGCGACUGUGUCACCACCUGUCUCUCCAAUUACAAGUCCCUCACCAGUCACAGAGUCAAAAGGAUUAUCCAAUCUCAAGGAGUGUGAAAACAGAGAGGUGGAAAGCGACGGCUCCGCUCUGCAGAGAGAAGAGGGUAAAGCGGCGUCUUUUAGCGACGUAGUUCAUACGGACAGAGAGAGCAGACUGUAGCGGCGCCUUAAAUCCGCUGAGAGUGUACCACCUACAGAGGAGAUAAUCCCGUCUGCCUCGAGUCCUUCGGAAUCCUCUAUGCCAUGACACAGAAGAAGAAGCUGCCCUUUGUUUUUGCCUCAUUUGGUAGUCUUCAGCGACAUGCAUACAAUGAUGUAAAUUUCAUAAAUAAUUAGCAGUGACCACAUUGUCGUUCGUUAAAUAAUAUCCCUGGUUGACAUUAAUGCUUUUGGUUUGUUUUGUGUGAUGACUAUCUUGCAUUCAAUGCAUUACUGUUGUGAGCGAUGGAUGAUGACACAAGAGUACAAUCCUAUAAAUUAUUAGACAGAUCACCAGAGUUGUAAUAUUAUUGGGUUUAUUAAGAAAAUGUAUUAUCUAAAUAAUACUGGAUGUGAGGGACAGGCCAGGUCUGACCCAUGUUAAAUGCUUCCUGGAUUAUACAUCAGAUCUAUAUUUAAAUAUUUUGAUAAAGAUUUAUGCAGGAAUACACUGAUGUGCACGCUACAUCUGAUGUUCUUGUCAAACAGUGUUGCUAUGAAUAAAGCCGUUAUCAAGUCA